UUUCGGAUGAAGGGAAAGAGAAGGGAGGGAGAGGAGAUUUUAAUCACUCCUGUCGCUUUAAGGACACAUAUCAAAGCCUUAUUAUGCGAAAUGAAAAUACCAUGAGCCAGUGAGCCAACUGGGAAGCCAGAGGACGGACUGGAGUGGAUUUAUAGAGGAAACUCAACAUAAUCUGAGCUGGAAGAGACCGCUUCAUCGCCUUGUGGAGUUGGAUUUCACACUGGAUGGUUUGCUUAUUCGGACAGUUCGGGUGUUUUUUUUUUUGUUUUUUUUGGAUGGGGGGGUGGGAGGAUUAUUGCGCAGAAGUAUCUACAGCUCUCUGACUUGGGAAGCAAGAGGAGGAAUAUAAUUUAGAAACUCAACGCAUCGCCUGCGGAAUUAAGGUGUUGUUUGGGAUAUUAUCCCGAUCUCCGUGCUUCUGACAGCUCUGGAUCCUGGAUCAUGGGUUGGAGAGGUGGAAAAGAACAACGGCCAGCGACAUGAUUCCUCUGCGCUGUCUGCGGUACGCUGCGCGGUCAGCCUACAACAUCGCUGGCUGAUUAAACAAAAAGUUACGAGGCGGCUUCGAUGCGCGGAUUUUUCUCUCCCUUCUCCACAGUUUGCACCUGCUUGAACGGACACCGCGUCGACACGGUGCGGAUUCAUGACGGGGGUGGGGGGGGUGGAAGCGUGCGGAUCCGCGCCUCGCUCCUCGCCGCCUGUGUGGGAUACUUGAACAUUUGCCUGCCGUAGUGGGGAGAAAGAAAAAAAAAUCGGGGAGGUUUGUACUCAAGGUCACUGAGUGUUUUCCGGCGUUAUUCGCAUUCUCAUCCACGCUGACGCACGCGGACGCCCGCAAAUAGAAACACAAGGGCGCACGAGCGCACGCGCGCGCCGCGCUUUUCCACACGUUCUAGCGCAGCUUCUAAUUCUCAGUCUGGUGUCUGUUAUUUGUUAUUAUACGGUCUGUGGGCGUGCACGUCCUGUGGAGUUUUUUUUUUCUCUUUCUUUUGACGCUGCAUGGAAGCUCUUUCCAAUAACAUGGAUGGGAAAGUGAAGCAGGGUCGGAGAUGCCGGGCAAAGCGGGACCGGGUGCGGAGGUUGCGGGAACCGGGGAGCAAAGACGCCCGCAGCCCCGAGCCCAACUCCUCCUGUUCUGACAGGGAGGGACAGAGUCCCGGGAGAGACGCCGCCUCCCCAGCCUGUAAAAAGGCGCCUCUCCCCGCGGCCGCAGCCAGAGCCCCGCGCCCCCCUCGCAGGAAGAGACGGGAGUCCAGCUCGCAGGAGGAGGAUAUCAUUGAUGGAUUUGCUAUUACCAGCUUCAUCAGCCUGGAACGUCUGGAGAAGAAUACGGGUGUCUUGAAGAAGGAGAAGAAGGAGUGGUGGAAGGAGAAGAAGAUGGCGAAGCAGCAAAAGAAGGAGGGGGAGGACAAAGAGGAGGAGGAGGAGAACGUCCAGCCGGCGGUGGAUCCUCUGGAGAAUGGCUUCCUUCACCAUGCUCAGCGGGAACAGGAGAGGAUGAACGAGAGGCUGCUGAAGAAGACCUACUCCAAGAAGAACAAAACAAUCAAACCUUUGGCACCACUUCCAGUUAAACUAAGAGACGACGAGACAUUGCAAGACCUUAGUCGGCCGCACCGGAGCAACUCCAAGGAGCAGCUCAGCGAGAGCUCCACUCACUCUCUGUCAGGCCGCGGAUACUCGGUGCAGCCAGCAGCAGUGGCCCUCCACAAGUGUGACAGCGAAAGUGACAUUGACGACAAGGUGUCUGAUGUAGGAUCAGAGACGCUCUUUUCUCCUACCACACCCAAAGGUGUGCCAGUGAAUGAGAGCUCCGUGUCUAAGACUUGUAGCUCGGCCAAAGUCUCGGGACUCCAGCGCAGCCAGGAGCAGAGCAACACUGUGGUGCCCUUCGCACCGCCCGUGCCUAGCCCCACCCCGGCUUCGGCACCGACGGGCUCCCCUGCGCUCGCAGCGGCGGCAGCCCCCCCUGAGCCCCGUGGGUCACGCCUUCCCAGCCCACCCCCUCUCAGUGUUAAGAAGGAGCAGAAACCUCCUGCCCCUGUCCCAACCCCGCCCCUACUGAAGGCACCGCCCCUACCCCAUCCUCACCCUCCCCACCUGCACUCACACCAGGACCCCCAUGUUCUUCAGCACCACACACGGCCAUUGAUCAGCCAUCAGGUGCAUCACCCUCUGCAGUACAACAGCCUCCACGACAUCAGCCACCGCAGCAGUCCAGUGGGUCUGGCCAAGCAGCACUUGCCCCCAUCCCCUCACCACCACCUCAGUGGACUCCCAUCCUCAGCGCCUGCCUUGCCUCUGUCCAUAGCAAACCUAUCUACCUCGCACUAUUCCUCCCUACGGAGUCCAGCACAUCGCCAUUCGGCCAUGUUUGCAACCCCAGCUACUCUACCGCCACCGCCAACCUUACCAACCAACAGUUUAGUGGUGCCUGGACACCCUGCUGGCACCCCCUACCCAGAGCAUGACCUCCUGAGGCAGGAGCUGAACAACCGCUUCCUGGUUCAGAGUUCGGAGCGGGGCCGGGGGCCGUCCGCUUCGCCGCUGGCCCCCGUGUCGCUCCUGAGGGCCGAGUUUCACCAACACCAGCACAUGCACCAGCACCAACACACCCAUCAGCACACCUUCACGCCCUUCCCCGCCAGUCUGCCCCCGGCCGCCAUCCUCACCCCGCCCACCGCACCCCCCAUGGUGCGUACCCAAGCCAGAAAUUUCGACAAAUACACCCCCAAACUGGACAAUCCGUUCAUCAGACAUUCAAACUUCUUCCCCUCCUACCCCCCAACCAUGCCAGGCAUGCCCCCGCUGCUCCCACACUCAGGACCCUUCAGCUCGCUGCAGGGAGCCUUCCAGCCUAAGGCUUCUAAUCCCAUUGACGUAGCGGCCCGUCCUGGAGCCGUUCCUCACACACUUCUGCAGAAGGAUCCGCGGAUGAGUGAUCCAUUCAGGACAUCUGUUAGGAAACCUGGCAAGUGGUGUGCAGUACAUGUCCAGAUUGCAUGGCAGAUCUACCACCACCAGCAGAAAAUGAAGCAAAUGCAGCUCGACCCACACAAACUGGACAUGAAUGGGAAGCUGGACCUGUUCAGCCGACCUCCGGCCCCAGGAGUCUUCCCAGGGUUCCCGUAUCCUCAUGACCUAGCACGGCCCCUGUUCCCCUCGACAGGCUCUGCACACCCAGCACCCUCUCCGUAUGGCCCCGCCCCCCAUCCCAGUGGCUUCCUGCCUCCAGGCCAUUUGGCAGGUAAGUAUCCUUUCAGUCGCUCCAGUUCCUUUGGCGGCCUCGGCAACCUUUCAACCAGUGCCUUCGGAGGAUUAGGCAACCCCUCGCUUGGGUCCAAUAGUGUGUUUGGUUCCAAAGAAGGGCCAGGAGGACUGCCCACUUUUGGCAGCCCCCACCAUGACACCUGGAACAGGCUUCGUCGCACACCGCCAUCUUUCCCCACCCCUCCACAGUGGCCCAAAGCUGGAGAGGCUGAGCGAAGUAGCUCGGCUAACAGCCAUGACCGAGAGCGGGACAGAGAGCGAGAGAGGGACCGAGAGAAAAGAGACUCAUCCAUCGGCAAAGAAGAGAAGGAUAAGGACAGGGAUUCUGUGGAUCGAAACCGCCACUCAAAUCGGUCUUCACCUGCCUCAGCGCCAGUCAGCUACCAGAUCAGCAGCCUGAUCCGCUCCAACAGCCAGAACUCCAGCGACUCAGGUCGGCAUCACAGUGGCAGCGUAGACCGGGUCCGUGAGGCAGAGAAAGAACUACUAGAACGACAGAGGGAGUCUUCUCUGGGGGAUGUAAAGGUAAAGGAGAGCCGCUCACCAGGGAAGGAGAUGCUGGAGAGACGGGCCUCCGAGGACUCCAUCAAAGCCCCUCAGCGCUCUCCUUCUCCUUACUCCAAGGCCAUGAUCAAUGAGCAGAGCAUGAAGAUGGCCGGUGGACUUCCGUCUGCAAUCAAGGACAGUGAGAGGAAGGAGCCCACGUCUGCCGAGCUCCUCCACAAAGUGAAAAAUGACAUGAAGAUUAAGGAGGAGAGGAAGGAAGAGCAGGAGGUCAUGGUGGUAAGUUCAGAGCCAGCGCCCCAACCGGCAGCCCAGGUCCUCCCGUCACCUGUCAGCCAACCAGGAAACCCUCACCACCACCACCCACCUCUGUCGCAGCAACCUCAUCUUCCUUCCCCCCGCGGAAGUGAUAUCCCAGCACCAGGCCUGCAUGGCGUCCCUAUGUCGCACUCUCUUCCUCUCUCCAUGAGCGCCAUGCCUCAAAUGGGCAGCCUCAACGUACUGGACAGAGCUCGCAUGGCUCCCUUCAUGGGAGUGAGUCCACUGGCAGGACGAGAGCGCCUGCCACACACGGCGUUCCCAUGGGACCCGCUCAGAGAGGCCUACCGCAGCCUGGACCUGCAGCGGCGCAUGGACUUCCAGCUCAGGGCCGAGCAGGGACACCGCUUCCCCAGCGUUUACGAGCAGGAGCGCGCCUACCGCGAGAGGGAGGCUCACGACUACUCUCACCAUGAGCAUCUGUUGGAGGUUCGCAGGGAGCACGAGAGGAUGCGACAACAGGCAGAGGAGCGAGAACGCCACCACUUGAGGGAGGAGCUGGACAGAGCACGCCUCCAUCAGCUGCACCAGUCCCCAAUGGAGGGGCACCUCCCCCACAUGCCCCCCUUUAUGUCCCACUUAGGUGGCAUGCCAUACCCCAGACUCAGCCCGUCUACAGGACACAACGGCCCCCUAAACAGAACACCGCCUACCGCCUCACUAAGUGCACCCCCGCCUCUUGUGCCGGCUGGCAGCGCCAGGUCCGCCUCGCCCAGGAGGACUACCCCCCUCACCACCCAGGACCCGAGGGACUAUUCCCCAUCUCGCAACCCCAAAGAAGUCGAGGCUCGGUAGCUUCCGGAAACUCAGGAACUUCACUUCUCUUGAGUGGGAAAUAACAAGAAGCGCCAACCCCCCCUAAGGGAAAGGGUAUGAUUGUACAAAGUAAAGGUGCAUAAGGCUAACCAAGCACAUGCCAUGGCUAUUUUUUAGUAGACUGGAUGUUCAAUGACGUCGGUAAAAGAAAACACAGAUACGUGUGAGUUUGUUUUCCGACUUAAAUAUUUGAUAAUUAUUAAUAUAUUAAUCCAAUACCUUAUUUCUGCUUUGUGCUGAAAGGAAAGGUCCUAGAGAAGUUUGUACAUUUCCUACCCUUGUUCCAUGUAUAGAUAUGAUUUCUAUGAAUUUUAUGUAUUUUGUGCAUUCGUCCUGCCUUUUACAAUAUUUAUCCCAGUCUAUUGUGAGACAUAUCCUUUCUGAUGAUGUAAAGACUUGACUUAUGAUUCAACCAUCAGUAAUUUAACCUCAUAGUACCUGGAUAUCCUCAAUGAUGUACAUUGCUACAUUAUCGACUUAAUUUGUUAAUUUGGUAUGCCUUUGAGAUAUGCAGAUAAAUACAUUCACACGCACAUAUGUGUGUGUGAUUCUAUAUAUACUGUUUGUUCAGUCUCUGUAAAAAAAAAAAUAACUGAUGUAAAUAACCUGUUGAUAUCCUUUGCUGCAAGAUUGCAUUGUAAAUUUAUUAGUCUUUUUAACCAUUUUUAGAAAAAUGAAAUUAAAUGAAAUAACACGGAGUCACCUGCCUGUCCAAAAUGGUGUCAAACAACCGGCGAAAUGGAUUGGAAUUAUGCGGGGAGGGUGUUGUACGGAAGCCUGGAUGGAUCGUCUGCAAUCUAUGCAAAGCAGCACACACACCCUAACAGAAGAAAUCUACUGGAACAAGCUGACAAUACUGGAGAAGAUGAGAGAAACUUUUGAUUUAGCACAUUGUUUAUAUGUACCAAUGAAAUCAUCGGGAUGAUUAAAAAGACUUCCAAGUCUGAAAACGGACCAGGUCUGUGCAGAAAAUAAGGACGCUGUUUCGGUGGUCAUCUACGGGACUUUAUCUGUCAACCUUGUGGUGUUGUGCAGUUGUUUUUCUUAGAUUCUUGUAUACAAAAAACAGUAGAGUUUUAGGCGUGGAAACAAAAAAAAGAAAAAAUGAACAUUAAUGGUUUAAAAUGUAAGGAAUAAAGUUUGGACCUAAUGUCAAUCA